AUGGAAGGAUCAUCAACCAGAGACAGUUCCCCACUAUCAGUUUUGCCCGACAAAACUCCAGAAAGACCCGAGCUAACUCACAAAAUUCAAUGUACAUGUGAUCACGAAGAAAAAAGCUUCCUUGUCAGAAGUUACUAUAAUUUUCGACAUAGAAAGCAGACAGUCUCUUGCAAAAGAGCCAAAGAGUGGCUUCAAUAUUGUCAUCCUCCUAGGAACAUGGAAGAUGUAUACAAUAACUUACUUGAAAAUCCCCUUGAUACUCAUGAAUUUCGAGCGAGCUGUAAGCAAAUUGAUUUAGAUAUUCACAGAACUUAUCCUGAUGAAAUAUUCUUUUGAGGGGAAAUGGGACAUAUUAAUAGUAAAGCUCCCUAAUUUUUCAAAUAAAAUUAAUUUUUUUAAGUUCGACAAAAAGACCUAUCCGCUAUAAUGGGAAUAUAUUUUUUAGACCCCGAAGGUCAAAGUGCAUUACGGAGAGUUUUGGUUGCAUUCAGCAAAUACGAUCACAACCUCGGAUAUGUUCAAGGGAUGAAUUUUAUAGUUGGUGCUUUGCUUUGACAUGCAAGUGAAUGCGAUGCCUUUUGAUUAUUUGUAGGCUUGAUGGAAGACUACGAACUCAGAGACACUUAUCUUCCUAAGCUUCCUGGGCUAUCAAAGCAUUGCCAAAUUAUUCAAUUAUUAAUAUUAGAACUAUUACCCCGGCUUCACAUGAAAUUGGCCGAAUACAGAAUCACCUGCGAGAUGUACGCUGCUGAAUGAUGCUUUUCUUUAUUUGGUAGCGUUGUGCCUGCCAGUGAAAUGGUAAAUGUACUCGAUUUAUUUUUUAAAAAAGGCUGGAUUUUUUUCUACAGAUUUGUUCUAGCAAUUCUACAAUGCCUUGAACAAAGACUGCUUAAAGCAAAAGACACAAUUGAUGCUUUAAGCCCCCUAAAAAUCUGCCAAAAAAGCCAAAAAGAGUGGAAAAAGUUUGUAAAGCUUUUAGAUGACGGCAAAGGCAAACUGAAUUGGGCAAAACUUGCCCAGAAAGCCGAAGACUUCGAUUUAGACGAAAAUUACAUCAGAUAUCUUCAUAUGAAUUUUGAUAUAGAGACCUCUCAAUUUUCGAUAAAAAGAUUUGCUACUUAUAGCUAA